AUGAAGAAGCUGUUCAAGGCAAAGGAGAUCCAGGUGUUUUACGACAAUGGCGGAGGCAAAGAGGAGGAAGGAAUGGGAGACAGCGGAGACUGCAGUGACAACAGCGAGGGGGAGGACGAGUACUUCAUGUCUGAUGAGUCGGGUUCGGACGACGAGGAUAACGACCCGGCACUCAAGAAACUUGAAUCAACCGUUGUUCCUGAGUGGGCUACGAACGAGGGCAUUGCGGAGGCUUUGGAGAGGCAGUACGGCGGUGACAAGCCCAUCAACCCCAACAAGAUCUUCGUAGACUUCUACACGUGCAGCCUCGAGACCAUUUUCGACACGAACAAGAAGAAGUGGGACCGCAAGAGCACGGGCGACUGGAUGUCGGACAGGCUGACGAUCGCCGAGAAGCUGGCGUACGACAGGGCCAUGGGAUACGUCACCAUCAACACCAAGGGCAGCGGAGACAGGAGGAGGAGCUCUAGGAGGAGCUCCAGGAGGGGGUCCAAGAAGGGCUCUUCGUCUUCUCAGGGCAGCAGCACCAGCAGCUUGAACAAUUCCCACAGGAACGAGUAGCGAGCGAGCGAGCAGCCUUGCUUGUCGUACCGAUUGCACCCUUUAUCGGCUGUCUUUUUAUCGCGGCUUGCUGACGAUGCUUGCGUGUAUUGUAGUCAUCAGCAGUAGGGGACUGUACCCUCUUUUAGCUAUUUCGGGAUUUACGUAUUUUCCCUUUUGUGGCUGCUUUCUGGCGACAGAAUUGCCGGCCACUAGCAGCUGAAGCAAGGCAUCUGUAGUGUAGGAAAGCUAGCUCCAGGACAACGGAGCUCGCGCAACGUUCACAUUCUUUGGAACGGUUCCUGUUGGAUUAGGGUAGUGCAUUAGGUCGUGUUUUUUCUCAACUACUUAUUGUCCGCGUUCCCCUCGUGGAGGGGGGGGGCAAGUGAAUAUUGUUGUUGGCGGAUAUUUUUGAAAAUGUUCCCCCGUGUUUCAUUCGAAUCUUUUUCUAAGAACCCGCCGUAUGGGCAAAGGGAGGGCGGAAGGAAGGGUUUGUUGGGCAGGGCGGGGGGGCCUCAAAUUGUACAUGUUUUUUCUCCUUCCUCCGACUAGUGUUUCGGCCACUUUCUUUUGUCCGUCGGGCAAAUGAGUUUCGUUUCCUGCCGUGACAGAUAGAUUCAUUCUGAUACAAAAAAACUGCCCGUGGUGUGCAGGUAGACAUAUUAGCAUAGGUAUUUUCGUUUCGAUCGAACAAGAAAAAGCAACACGCGAGCAUGUACGUAGGUGUUGUUUUGAGAGCUUGCGGCUGUGAGCAAUAUCUCACAGGUCGCAGCUGAAACCAAGCCAAGGUUUCACUUAGUAGGCUAGAUCUUUGUCUGCAACAUGGUGAUAAAGAC